AUGUCUGAAAUUUUGCAAAGCAUCAAGUUGAAUUCACUAUUAUCUGAAGACCAACGAAAAGAUUUAAUGCAGUUGAUAUACAAGUAUUCCUGUAUUAUCUCUAAUGAACCAGGAUGUACUGACCUUGCCGAACAUGAUAGAAUCAAAAAAUUAAAUAAUAGAAGAAUUAAAAGCAGAAAGACCGACAUACGCAAAACCUUAGUGGAUGUCUGCCAGACCAACCGAGAUUUUAAAACUGAAGUAGGAAAGAUGAUAAAACUCAAAGUAAUAGAACUAGGUGAAUCGUAUUUUACCUCUCUACUCAUACUGGUUGAAGUUCCUGGAAAAGAGACAAGACCAUGCAUUGAUUACCGUCGCUUGAACAAGACAACUAGGACACAAUAUUUCCCCUUCCCAGACAUUGAACAUAUAGUGAAAAAAGUGUCAUCUGCCAGAUAUAUAACUGUUCUAGAUCUUACUAUAGAUAUUAGGACAAGGUCAAAGAAGACCAGCAGAAAUAAAAAUCCAAGCCAUAAAGGUCUUCCCUAA